CCCUUUCUGGCGUAGGCUAAAUGUUACGCACUGUCUUCCGUGACACAGGAGUGUCCAUAGCCCGCCCAUAGCCCAUCGAUAGACGUGGCCGUCCUAUGCUGUGCUGCGUUCGCUUCGCUGGCGCAGUGUCCCGUGUGGAGCGAGAGAGGGCGAAGUUUACUUUGCCUGCAUUGCAGCCUGAGCGCUGCUGGAAUCGAACACAACAAUGGCGUCUCCCAGUUCCAACAGCAACUCAACAACCUCCAACAGCAACAUCGCAGGAUCCACCUCGCACCACCAUCACCCGCAAACACAACACAUGACCACCGUCAGCAGCAUGCAAGGUAAGAGCAGAUGGCCUAAUGUCGAUUUUCUACUUGAUCACAGCUAUUUAGCUGUUGAAAAACAUGACUUGGCUAGCCUACCUACCAUUGCCCGGAGAGGCUAAGCUACAUAGCAGAGAUGCAGCUAGCUAUAUGCUGCUAAAUGUAGCGCCUCGGCCAUUUGUUGCAACAUUGUAAUUUUCUACACGGUGUACUCUUACAAUGUUACAACCACUGAAAUGUGAUCGCGCCAUCUGAAAAUGGUUACAUUGUAGUUACGGACGUUCCACUGCAAUUGAGUUUCCAUCAAUCGAUUUUAGUCGAGUUAGUUGCUGCAUGCACAACUAAAGACAGGGCCUAGUACCAUAUUGAGAAAUUUAUGUUUUCCCUUUCACGACAUUUGCAUAGGUAGGCUAUUUACUACUCUAUUGUUAGUAAAUACAUUUUACAUAUAAAUAAUGACAAUUUUAAUUACUUUGUUUCUAUGUAUAUUUUACCUUGGAAACAUUGACACAUGAUUGGCAUUGCAAUGUCAGUGCUAUAUUCUUGAUUAUAAACUGGGCGGUUCGAGCCCUGAAUGCUGAUUGGCUGACAGCCGUGGUAUAUCAGACCAUAUACCACGGGUAUGACAAAACAUUUAUUUUUACUGCUCUAAUGAAGUUGGUAACCAGUUAUAAUAGCAAUAAGGCACCUCAGGGUUUUGUGGUAUAUGGCCAAUAUACCACAGCUAAGGGCUGUAUCCAGGCACUCCGCUUUACGUAGUGCAUAAGAACAGCCCUUAGCCGUGGCAUAUUGGCCAUUUACCACACCCCCUCAUACAUUAUUGCUUAAUUGACACUGUCAUUUAAUGUUGCAAUAUGUGAUCAGUGUUUUAGUGCUAUAAAUGUAGGCCUACUUUCACAAAUGCAAUUGUAGAUUUCUGUAGCAAAUUUUCAGCUUCAAAUCUUUAUUUUAAACAUUUCAGAAACCAACACGUGCUGGAGGUGUCAAAACGAAACAGGUACUAUUGAUUUUUUAAAUAGGAUUUCAGUAGAAUAUUACUAGGUUGUUGUUGAUGCGAUAUUCUGUUAAUCUUAGUGGAAUAUGAUUUACCAUUGUUUCACUCCCUAUUUCCCUUUUUGUUUUUAAUUUCCUCAUUGAAUUCCCCAUUCUGUAUGUUUUCAUUCACUGGUACAGGUUCUAGGUUAGAGAUUUCCCACCAUUCCUUAGCUACUGAAAUAAACAGAUUAUUGUAGCCUAAUAUGAGGCUCAAUAUUUUAGACAGCCAAAUAUUUGGAGGGUAGCAUAAAUACACAUAAAUAACAUAACCAGCUCUCACUUGCCCUUGAAAGCUAGGGUUGCACAGUCAUAGUAGAUUGACGACUUCCAUCCAGAUGACAUAGUGACUAGACAACAGGAAUAUCUAUCUAUCCACCUGUAAAUCACACAGAAUCAAUGUAUUUAUCUUCAACUACAUGCUGCGCCUAUAUUGCACUGUUGCGGAACAGCAACUUUUGCUAAAUUUAACUUGCUAAAUUCAUAAUUACAGAGAACCAGAUUAGCCUGUUUUCGAAACCUAUUGGAAAACACUCACGUUUACAGUAGAAGAGCGCAAAGCCAAAAUGUAGUAAAAUGUCUUUUCUUUACCUUAGGGUUUCAGAUAAGCCUGUCUGGAGUGCCCCAAAGUAAGCAUUAGCAUUCUCUCAGCACAACAACCCUCUCUCUCUGUGGGUGCAUCCCAAUAGUCUGAAGUGUUUCCUCUCCUUGUCUCCUUUCCUCCAUCUGCACUGACUGGACAGUUGAAAGCAAAUAUUUGUUGGGCAUCAACCAAAUCUCUUUCACCUAGUAUGUGUUGUCAGAGCAGUGAAGGAUAGGAUACAAGGUAGGUGGGGGAGGAGACAAGGAGAGGAAGCCACUCUAGACUAUUGAGAUGCAGCAUGUGUGGUUCUCUGGUAGUGGGGGUGGUCUGUCUACUGUUCUCUGUUGACUAAUCUAAUCCAAGGUGGAGCGUUUGUUUGGGUGAGGAUUCAUUUGCACCUGGGCAUAAUGGUUAACGGGACCACUAGUACUGCACUUCUGAUUUGGGCCUGUAGGCCACUACUCUGUAUGUCAAAGAAGACCCCAUGCUCCCAUCUCAUUAUCAUAUAGUUGAGUACUUAACAGUUAUUCUGUUAUGUAUUUCUUGAUGAAAGACCAUGAUAGAAACAUUUUGCACUUAAAGAGUUAACAGAUAUAGACUACGUUAGUAUGGAAUAGAUUGUAUCUUGCUGUCUUGUUUGGACGUCAAAUAAUGUUUUGAGGGUGUUGUUGGGUUUCCUCUUUGACAAGUCUAUUACUAUAGCUACUGCACAAUGAAAACAAACUAUGGAAAUGUCUUAAAUGGAUUCCCAGUGCAUGCAGGUUUGCAUUGCAAUCAAUUCAUGUUGGGUUAAUUUUGUAGUGGUAAUUCAGUAACGACACUGGGGCGUUGUCUGCAUUUCCUGGCAAUUGGGAACCCCUGCAUUUGUGGGCACUUUGCUUGUGUUUAUAAUGCAUCAUACUUGUGUUCUGUCAAUAUCAGGCAAAUCCAAGCCUGAAAGGUAUAGGGGAGACUGUCUCUCUGAGCAUGGAACAAUGACACUAUAAUUACACCAAAAGUAUGUGGACACCUGCAUGGGCAUUAAUAUCAUGGGCAUUAAUAUGGGGUUGGUCCCCCCCUUUGGUGCUAUAACAGCCUCCAGUCUUUUGGUAAGGCUUUCCACUAGAUGUUGGAACAUUGCUGCAGGGUCUUGCUUCGAUUCAGCCAUGAGCAUUAGUGAGGUCGGGCACUGAUGUGGGCCAUUAGGCCUGGCUCAAUGUCGGCGGUCCAAUUCCAAUUCAUCCCAAAGGUGUUUGAUGGGGUUGAGGUCAGGGCUCUGUGCAGGCCAGUCAAGUUCUUACACACCGAUCUCGACAAACCAUUUCUGUAUGAACCUCGCUUUGUGCACGGGGUCAUUGUCAUGCAGAAACAGGAAAAGGCCUUCCUCAAACUGUUGCCACCAAGUUGGAAGCACAGAAUCAUCUAGAAUGUAAUUGUAUGCUGAAGCGUUAAGAUUUCCCUUCACUGGAACUAAGGGGCCUAGCCCGAACCAUGAAAAACAGCCCCAGACCAUUAUUCCUCCUCCACCAAACUUUACAGUUGGCACUAUGCAUUGGGGCAGGUAGUGUUCUCCUGGCAUCCGCCAAACCCAGAUUCAUCUGUCGGACUGCCAGAUGGUGAAGUGUGAUUAAUCUCUCCAGAGAACGUGUUUCCACUUCUCCAGUCCAAUGGCGGCGAGCUUUACACCACUCCAGCCGACGCUUGGCAUUGCGCAUGAUGAUCUUAGGCUUGUGUGCUGCUGCUCGGCCAUGGAAACACAUUUCCUGAAGCUCCCGGCGAACAGUUCUUGUGCUGACGUUGCUUCCAGAGGCAGUUUGGAACUCGUUAGUGAGUGUUGAAACCAAGGACAGAUGAUUUGUACGCGCUACGCACUUCACCACUCCGCUGUGUGCGUGGCUGUGUGCUCGAUUUUAUACAUCUGUCAGCAACGGGUGUGGCUGAAAUGGAUCCUCAGAUCCUCAAAACGUUCUACAGCUGCACCAUCGAGAGCAUCCUGACUGGUUGCAUCACUGCCUGGUAUGGCAACUGCUCAGCCUCCGACCGCAAGGCACUACAGAGGGUAGUGCAUACGACCCAGUACAUCACUGGGGCCAAGCUUCCUGCCGUCCAGGACCUCUAUACCAGGCGAUGUCAGAGGAAGGCCCUAAAAAUUGUCAAAGACUCCAGCCACCCUAGUCAUAGACUGUUCUCUCUGCUACCGCACGGCAAGCGGUACCGGAGCGCCAAGUCUAGGUCCAAAAGGCUUCUUAACAGCUUCUACCCCCCAAGCCGUAAGACUCCUGAACAGCUAAUCAAAUGGCUACCCAGCCUAUUUGCAUCCCCCCCCCCCCCCCUUCUCUUUUACGCUGCUGCUACUCUCUGUUUAUUAUCUAUGCAUAGUGACUUUAACUCUACCUACAUGUACAUAUUACCUCGACUAACCUGUGCCCCCACACAUUGACUCUGUACCGGUACCCCCUGUAUAUGGCCUCGCUACAUUAAUUAUUUUUUACUUAUUUAUUUUUUACUUAACACUUAUUUUUCUUAAAACUGCAUUGUUGGUUAAGGGCUUGUAAGUAAGCAUUACACUGUAAGGUGUACACAUGUUGUAUUCGUUGCAUGUGAAAUAAAAUUAGAUUUGAUUUGAAAUAGCUGAAUCCACAAAUUUGAAGCGGUGUCCACAUACUUUUGGCCAUGUAGUGUAUUUUCCAGUCUCCUGAAACAUCAUUGAUACUUUAAUUUACUGAAUUUCUCACUCAAUUUACGCUGAAACUAAACUUACUCUCAGGGACUUCUCUUACAACCCCAUAUAAUUUUUUCCCGUGUCCCAUCCACCAAUGUAGCAUUACCUGCUCCCCUUGUUUCCUCACCCUAACCAGCAUGUGUUGUGUACAAACAUGUCUGUUUCCCCCUGUCUCUCUGCCAGGUAAACGUAAAGCCCUGAAGCUGAACUUCGCCAACCCUCCAGUGAAGCCAGCUACCAGGUUGCCCCUCAACCCCUCCCCUUCAACUGCCCCCUCCUUCCAGAACCCACACAUGUAAGUACUGUGGAGAGCAGGUCGAAAACACACCCUUAUCCUAGUGCUAAUCUAAUGGUCAGUAAGAGGGCUGUUUCGAAGGGUUGUUGGGUCUUGAUAGUGCUAGUUUAGAACUAAUUGUAAUGUUAGGUUUAUAACAGGUUAUGUAUUUCUGUUUGGCGAUUAUGUUAGCUUUAUUGUUGUAGGGAAACAUAAUCUUCAUACACACUGUAGGGUACUGUUUGUGUGCAGGUAUAAACCAGGUUUUAAAGCACUCUUAUUCUCAGCCCUGAGAAUACAGUAAAAUGUCUGUGCAGGAUGAGUCAGCAUCUUGAGUCUCUUCUUCAGUAUGGUCUGCUCUGCCAAGACGUUAUAUCUUAUUUCUCGUGUUUUUUUUAUUAGUUAUACUUUUUGGAUAUUGAAUACUGCACCGUUGGGUAGGGCUUGCGUGUGAAGCAUUUCACUGUACUUGUGCAUGUGACAAAUAAAACGUGAAACUUGAAUGCCAAGGAGCGAGGUGGAGGCAUCCUCUAAAUAUGAUUAGCGGCUCAGGGACUUGAUACAUUAUUUAUCACUUCCUCAUGUAUGUAUAAUGUAUUCUCCCCUCUCUUCCCCAAACACUCUCCUCUUUAUUCUCUCUCUUCCUCUGUCUCCCCUCUCUGUCCUGCCACCUUCUUCCUCCUCUGUCUCGAUUCCUCUUUUCCCCCUCCUCCCUCUCUCUUACCCCAUCUUCGUCCUUCCCCACAUUUUCCCUCUCUUUUUAUCCUCUCUCUCUUCCUCCACCCUCUCCCUCUCCUCUCCCUCCCGUAAAGAGAGCGUAUGAGGACACACAGUAUCGAGUCGUCGGGGAAGCUGAAGAUUUCUACGGAGAAUGCCUGUGACUUCACGGCCGAGGACCUGAGGGACCUGGGGGAGAUCGGCCGUGGGGCAUACGGCUCCGUCAACAAGAUGCAGCACAAACCCAGCGGACAGAUCAUGGCCGUCAAGGUGACCACACCAGCUGCUCUCAUCCUCACUGACUGAGCCAUUACAGGCUGAAUGCUAACUUUGAUAUACUGUAGUCUACCCACCUCGUAAAUCGCUCUGUCAUGUAAAUAAAUAAUGUAUGGAUGUUUAUGUGUGUGACAGUUUGCUUUAGAUGUGCGCAUCUAAUGAAUAGGAGAGCUUAUAACAUAUUGUCUUGAUUCUUGGUGGAUGUUAGACCUAGUAAUACAACAAUGUUUUGACCAUAAUGGUCUUCAUCAGGUGAUGGCUAGUACGCGCUAUGAACUGAUCUCUCAGCUGUUGGUAGUUUCCCCUAUUUCUGUUGAACAUCUUUUGUUGUUGUCACUGUCCCCCUCAGAGGAUCCGCUCCACGGUGGAUGAGAAGGAGCAGAAGCAGCUGCUGAUGGAUCUAGACGUGGUGAUGAGGAGUAGUGACUGUCUCUAUAUCGUCCAGUUCUACGGAGCUCUCUUCAGAGAGGUGAGACUGUUACAUUAUACACUACAUGGCCAAAAGUAUGUGGACACCUGCUCGUCGAACAUCCCAUUCCAAAAUCAUGGACAUUAAUUUAGAGUUGGUCCCCCCUUUGCUGCUAUAACAGCCUCCACUCUUCUGGGAAGGCUUUCCACUAGAUGCUGGGACAUUGCUGCGGGAACUUGCUUCCAUUCAGCCACGAGCAUUAGUGAGGUCGGGCACUGAUGUUGGGCGAUUAGGCCUGGCUCGCAGUCCGUGUUCCAAUUCAUCCCAAAGGUGUUCGAUGGGGUUGAUGUCAGGGUUCUGUGCAGGGCAUUCAAGUUCUUACACACCGAUCUCGACAAACCAUUUAUGUAUGGACCUCGCUGUGUGCACGAGGGCAUUGUCAUGCUGAAACAGGAAAGGUCCUUCCCCAAACUGUUGCCACCAAGUUGGAAGCACAGAAUCAUCUAGAAUGUCAUUGUAAGCUGUAGCAUUUAAGAUUUCCCUUUACUGGAACUAAGUGUCCUAGCCCGAACCAUGAAAAACAGCCCCAGACCAUUAUUCCUCCUCCACCAAACGUUACAGUUGGCACUAUGCAUUUGGGCAGGUAGCAUUCUCCUGGCAUCCCCCAAACCCAUAUUUGUCCGUCGGACUGCCAGAUGGUGAAGCGUGAUUCAUCACUCCAGAGAACGCAUUUCCACUGCUCCAGAGUCCAAUGGCGGCGAGCUUUACACCACUCCAGCCGACGCUUGGCAUUGCGCAUGAUCAUAGGCUUGUGUGCUGCUGCUCGGCCAUGGAAACCCAUUUCAUGAAGCUCCCGACGAACAGUUCUUGUUCUGACGUUGCUUCCAGAGGCAGUUGGAACUCGGUAGUGAGUGUUGCAACCAAGGACAGACAAGUUUUACACGCUACGUGUUUCAGCACUCGGCGGUCCCGUUCUGUGAGCUUGUGUGGUCUACCACUUGGCGGCUGAGCCGUUGUUGCUCCUAGACGUUUCCACUUCACAAUAACAGCACUUACAAUUGACUGGGGCAGCUUUAGCAGGGCAGAAAUUUGACGAACUGACUUGUUGGAAAGGUGGGCAUCCUAUGACAGUGCCACGUUGAAAGUCACUGAGCUCUUCAGUAUGGGCCAUUCUAGUGCCAGUGUUUGUCUAUGGAGAUUGCAUGGCGGUGUGCUCGAUUUUAUACACCUCUAAGCAACAGGGGUGGCUGAAAUAGCCGAAUCCACUCAUUUGAAGGGGUGUCCCUUCACUACAUACUUUUGGCCAUGUAGUAUAUAUUAGUAGUAGUGACUGUCUCUAUCGUCCAUUUCUACGGAGCUCUCUUAAGAGCAGUUAAAAUAUCUCAUUAGAGAGGUUCAGUUCUGGGGCAGCAGUAAUACUAAAAUUUUGGGUCGGGACUGGACACAUUAUUUUGUUACAAGUAUAUUUCUGUGGCAUACUUGUGAUCAAUAAUGAAAUCUCUUUCUUUUUAGGGCGACUGUUGGAUAUGUAUGGAACUAAUGUCUACCUCAUUCGACAAAUUCUACAAAUAUGUAUAUUGUUCGUUAGAUGACGUCAUUCCAGAGGAAAUAUUAGGCAAAAUUACAUUAGCAGUGAUUUUUAUUUAUUUAUUGUGAUUAUAAUCUGUUUAUAACAUAUUUAUAUGAAUGCAGUUGUUGGUCACAGAUACAGUACAUUGUAACAAUGUUUAUGUUUCUUUGUACAGACCGUUAAAGCACUGAACCACUUAAAAGAAAACUUGAAAAUAAUUCACAGAGGUAAGUCUUGGUUGUCAGAUACAUCUUUUGCAGUUUGGCCAUAUUUGUACGAAUUAUUCUCACAGCUAUGUUUGGUGCAUGAACUCCAAAACCUUCUUUAUGUUUGUGUGCUCCCAGACAUCAAACCUUCCAACAUUCUCAUGGAUCGUAACGGCAACAUCAAGCUGUGUGACUUUGGCAUCAGCGGUCAGCUGGUGGACUCAAUAGCCAAGACCAGAGACGCAGGCUGCAGGCCCUACAUGGCGGUAAGUCUGGUGGAGACGGGUGUCAUGUAAAAAUCUUCCCAGCAUGACGUCACAAUCAGAACGAUUGGGAACUAUUUCAUGCUAGUGAGAUUUGCAGUAAAACUCAAGUUACCCAUGCAUCUCACUACUUAGUAUUUGUUCCAACAAUGUAAAAGCAGUGCCCAUUAUCAUGUAAAACUUCUCCCAGCGUGAAAAUGUUCCCAGUUCAAUAAUUGCACGAGCAUCUCUUUAUGUGGAUGGCAGAGCUCUUGCGGAUGUUUCUCACUCCCUUCCUCGACCUCGAAAAACUGUUCUGUGUGCACACACAUUUGCUUCACACAUCUGCCAGUCAAUAGUGGCCAGGAGUAUUGACACUGACCAAUCAGACACCCAGACUCACGCGUCAAAGUCCUGAGGGUUGGUGUGAGGAGAGAUUUUUUGUGAUUGCAAAGACUUGGGCGUUACGGGAGGGUGUGAGAAACAUCUGCACGAGCUCUGCCAUCCACAUAAAGAGACGCACGUGCAAUUAUUGAACUGGGAACUAUUUCACGCUGGGAAGAUUUUUUACAUGAUAACGGGCACUGCUUUUACAUUGUUGGAACAAAUACUAAGUAGUGAGAUGCAUGGGUAACUUGAGUUUUACUGCAAAUCUCACUAAAAUGUUAGCUAGGAUUCGGUUCCUGAAUUGUCCGGUGCUGUUGGUUAAAUUGUGUUUUUGUUCUCCAGCCGGAGAGGAUAGACCCCAGUGCUUCCAGACAAGGCUACGACGUCCGAUCUGACGUGUGGAGUCUGGGGAUAACCCUGGUAAUUAUCUCAUUCAGUUGAUUCAUACAUUGAUUUGAUGUUGACCAAUGGGACAGGAGAAAAACAACUUUACUAUAUUGCCAAACAUAUGUUAUAACCUGGCUGCACUGUUAUUGAGUAUUACUGUUAUUAAUGACAAUCUAUUAAAGCUGCAAUAUGUAACUUUUUGGGUGACCUGACCAAAUUCACAUAAGUAUGUGUUAUAGAUCUGUCAUUCUCAUUGAAAGCAAGUCUAAGAAGCGGUAGAUCUGUUCUAUGUGCGCUAUUUCUAUGCUUCCCGUUCUUAAAUUCGGUUUUUGCGUAUUUUUCUUUCGGUUUUGUAGACCAGCUUCAAAUAGCUAUGAUUAUGGAAAUGAUAUUUCACAGCAGUUUAGAUGGUACAAUGAUUCUCUUGACUAUACUUGCUUGUUUUUGUCACAAACUGAAACUGUUAUAAUUGUAGGAAACAGGAAAUGGCGGAGCGAUUUCUGCAUAGUGCAUCUUUUAACUAAUUCUAAACCCUUGGUGGUGGCAGUCAAUGAGUAAUACACAUUUUCUUUGUCUAAUGCCCGUCUCUGUGUGUCUUCAGUAUGAGCUUGCCACCGGCAGGUUCCCGUACCCUAAGUGGAAUAGUGUGUUUGACCAGCUGACCCAGGUGGUGAAGGGUGAGCCGCCCCAGCUCUGCAACUCUGAAGACAGGCAGUUCUCCCCCAAGUUCAUCAACUUUGUCAACUUAUGGUGAGUAUGACCUCUGGUGAAAGCAGUCUACCAGUGGAUAUGCUAUUGCACAAUGACUCACUCCUAGAGGCUUUUUCAUUUAUGCCCUCUGCUGGUAGAAUGGGGAUAAGGCAACAGUGCUGUUUAUCCAACAGGAGUAUAUUGCUGUUUGCUGAAUUGCUAAUUGCUUCACCCCCCCCAUUUUUCUACAGCCUUACAAAGGAUGAGUCAAAACGGCCAAAGUACAAGGAGCUCCUGGUAAGUUUGUCUUUCUAUGGUAGGACUUGAGCUGUUAUAUACCUUUUUGGAUUUCACUGUGUAUUGGCUGCUAUGUGGGAAACUGUAAAGCUUGAUCUAUACUGAACAAAAAUAUAAGCGCAACAUGCAAAAAAGGUCAAAGAUUUUACUGAGUUACAGGUCAUAUAAGGAAAUCUGUCAAUUUAAAUAAAGUAAUUAGGCCCUAAUCUAUGGAUUUCACAUGACUGGGAAUACAGAUAUGCAUGUGUUGGUCAGAGAUACCUUUUAAAAAAGAGUAGGGGCGUGGAUCAGAAAACUGGUGUGACCACCAUUUGCCUCAUGCAGCGCAACACAUCUCCUUCAGAGUUGUUGGCUGUUGAUUGUGGCCUGUGGAAUGUUGUCCAACUCCGAACUGCAGUCAGGUUAAGACCAUGGUGAGGACGACGAGCACGCAGAUAAGCUUCCCUGAAACAGUUUGUGCAGAAAUCCUUCGGUUGUGCAAACCCACAGUUUCAUCAGCUGUCCGGGUGGCUGGUCUCAGACAAUCCAGCAGGUGAAGAAGCCGGAUGUGGAGGUCCUGGGCUGGCGUGGUUACACGUACUGCCAAAUUCUCUAAAAUGAAGUUGGAGGAGGCUUAUGGUAGAGAAGUGAACAUUCAAUUCUCUGGCAACAGCUCUGGUGGACAUUCCUGCAGUCAGCAUUCCAAUUGCAUGCUCCCUCUACUUAAGACAUCUGUCAUUGUGCUGUGUGACAAACGUCACUUUUUAGUGGCCUUUUAUUGUCCCCAGCACAAGGUGCACCUGUGUAAUGAUCAUGCUGUUUAAUCAGCUUCUUGAUAUGCCACACCAGUCAGGUGGGUAUUUUUGUUCAGUAUAGUUUCUCAGUGGCCAUAUUGAACAUAUGUGACUGAGGUAAUGUUUUUGUCUCCUCCAGAAACACCCGUUCAUCCUGAUGUACGAAGAGAGGUUUGUGGAUGUGGCUAGCUACGUGUGUCGCAUCCUGGACCAGAUCCCAGCCUCCCCCAUCUCCCCCAUGUAUGUGGACUGACGGGGGGGGGGCACACCUUACACCGCGACACACAUGCCGGGGGGAAACAGUACACCGUGACACACGACGCAUGACAUCUUAGCCCUCAGAUGCACAGAGUUACUAUAGUAUCAGCUGUUUGUUUCCAUCUUCCAAAGAACACGAGAACAAUUCCAUAUAAAAAAUUAAUCGCCCUGUGCAAUACGAUAAUACACACUCACUCAUGCUUGUUCAAUGUCAAUUAAAAUAUCUAGAUUAUCCUCCCAUCUUCAGACAGCUAAACUUGAAGACAUUCAAUUGGCUCAACGUAUAUACAAUGUUCAUCUUUUUUGUGCUAGAAAAAUGGGUUAUAGUACAUAUACUGUAUGUGUAUAUGUACAGUGUGUGUGUAUGUGUGUAUAUAUUUAUAUUUACGCGCACAUAUACAUACACUUGAAAAUAGAUGUAAACAAAUACAGAAGUUACCAAAUAAACAUGUUGUUGGAAAGUGAUGCUCAUGACAUUAUGAACAAAAUAGUAUUCUAUUUGAAUUGUACAUUGUGGACUGUUUGUGUGCUCACUUCUAUGUCGUCAGAAAAUGUACAGAUGUAUGCAGACAGACUUGUCUAAGCGUGACACUCGUAUCACACAGUAUGUUAUGGGCACCUAUACUCAUUGUAAAUGAAUGGGUCUGAUGAUGCAAAAGUGUGAAACCCAAAUCGAUGGUGUUAAUGUGGCUUUAUUUUCUUAAUAUGCAAUUUACAGUAUGACUGUUUUCUGUCUCAUCGCAUAAUUCACGUUAAAAAAAAACAUCUAAAUGUUGUUCACUCUGCAAAAUGAAAAAUGUACAGUAGGAUUGUAAGACUCCACAAUUGUAUAUCUGUAUGUAUAUGUACAUCUCAAAACAGUCUGCUAUUAUACACCGGUUCUCUUCAGUAGUUAGUAGCGCGGAUGCACACGGCAAAGCCUGCUCAAGCAGUUAGAGUACAUCAUUCUCAACCUGCCACUACUAAGUGGAGCAACUUACAACCAGCCGCCAUGGUCCGAUCUGCAUGGCCACUAGCUAUUAAACCUCUCACUUUGCAGGGCGUCACGUUGAACAUGUCAUAUAUACAUUGAUUGCUUGACCAGGCCCGUGCUGUAUCGGUCUGUGGAAAAUAGUUCCUAACUCCCGCCUCGACAGUCACGUUAUACUAUAGCACUGUACAGUUCAUCUGCCCAUCCCUCCUGAUCAAAGAGCUGUAAGAGUUCAGUAAUAGAUCAGUCAGCAUGUUCUUCAGUGGCUCGGGCUGCUCGGAAUGAUACUCGAGCCUCGCACUAGAUGGAAUGUUCUGUUUCCCUCACUAACCCUUAGGCAUCACGUAGGGCGGAUCUCAAUAGUGUACUCUUUCUUUCGCUCAGAAAUCCACAUUCAGUGUAUAAUAAUGUAGCGAAGCAAAACGAACACACGAUGGAGUUAGCUAGUGAACCAAACUGUUGUGUGUAUGUGGCGUUGAGGAGGGAUGACACGGCAGGCGUUCAGCAUCGGCAUGUCAGCCGUGUUAAAUGACAACCAACCUGGGUUGUGCUUCACUAAGCACAGUCAAUGUGUUUGCCAGAUAACUUCGAUAAACUUUCAGAUGUAACUCCCAGGUUACUGUAUGUGAUAUCUUUAAGAACUAGAAAACGACAGUUGUUCCUGAAUGUUUAGGAAAGGUAGCUGGCUAUCUCAUUGAUUGUGCUUCAUGAAAUGCCCCCUUGGAAUUAUGUCAGGGGUCAGUACAGAAAUGUUGCUUACAUAUGCAACUGAUUCAGGAGCGUGGAACAUUACAGAACAUUCCGAUAGAAAAGUACUACAUAGACCUGACCUGAUUCCCUGUUAUGUGACGUAUGGAAUCGAGUUGGCUCUAUUCAUUCCAUUUCUAUCUGCAUUGUUCCAAAUGUUGCAUCCCUCUGGAAAAGCAUAUGCUCUUAUCAACUAAAGUUUGGGUGAGAAGAUUUUAUUGAUGGUGCACCGAUGUGUUCUAUGGAUGUGGGACACUUAUGGUUACCUGGUGAAUAUAUUAUCUUAUGGAGGGGUACAUGUUGUAUAAAUUGCAAUUUAUUAGAAUGUUGAUAUUAGAUUAUAAGAUGAUAAAUGGCAAUGAGUAUUAUAUUGUAUCUUUAUCAAGGGUUAAAAAAAUGAAUAAAGUUCACAUUGAGAAAAUACAAACGCUGUAUUGAGAAACUGGGUGAUCUGUCUGUCAUCAUAGAUAAAGGUACAACAUAGAAACGUUGAUUAUU